GCGGACUUUUUCGGACUUAAGAUCGGGAGUGGGGAGUGAGCUUGCGGCUUUGCGGACAUUUUCCCCACAUUGCUUGGCUGGCUUUGGGGGGGGGCUUGACUUUUAUCCAUCGAGGUGAUGGGUGUAAAAAGCGGCAAUGACCUUUCGCAAUCAUCUCUUGAACUUUGUGAAGUUUUGAGACAAGUACGCAUACACAAAGUCAAACGACACAAGCAUGUCAUCAACAUUAGCCCGCGCAACAACACAGACCUCGAGGUCUUGCCGUGCAGCUUUCUCGACUGCGAGGACGUUACGUCAACAACCCAUCUAUCAACCACCCACACCACCCCAAGAACCUGAUAACCCGCAUCGCGCCUUUUACAAAUCCUUCGGUCGUCCAAUCGCAAAAGUCUUCUUCAUGGCCCUCUUCACCUAUCAAGUCCUGCAUUACUCCUGGAUGAAACUGGAAGCCAUGGAGGAAAAGGAGGAAAAGACUGCGGAAUUGGAAGCUUUGGAGGGGAAAUUGAGGCAGAUUACUGGAAAGCCUGCACCUGUUGCUGCACCGGAGAAGAAGGUGUGAAAGGAGGAGGAUGGAAAUGGAUGAAGACUUAUUGCAAGAAGAUGAUCUGGACGUCAACGUCAUAUGGCCAUGUCACUCUCGAGAGGGGUAUACACGUCCAACGCAUCUCUGCAGAUUGACGCGCGCCGAGUCGCUUAAAGUGAUGGUCAACACGAGCUCUACUCCGAUUACGCGGCGGACUGCACGACACGCUUUUGAACUCAAAGAAUGGGAACUUUUGCUUCUCAUCAUACGACAUGACUACAUACAGGACAUUAUACCUGCCUACGUAUAUACGGCCACAUGCCUAUUCAGUCACACUUUUGCCCCAUCUCACAGGCCACCAUUGAUGUAAUAAGUGAUAGGAUACUUCAAAAAGGCACAC